GCUGCCAUGGGGCCGUGGCUGCUGCUGCUGCUACUGCUCUGGCUUCGGGGCGUCCUAGGGGAGCUGGAGCUGGACCCUUUGGGGAGGCACGUCUGCCUGGAUGGAAGCUCCCCCGCCAAGUCUGUGUGCUGUCCAGGCUGGAGGCAGGAGGGCCGGGAGUGCACGACCCCCAUCUGCGAGGGGCCUGAUGCUUGUGAGGAAGAAGAGGUGUGUGUGAAGCCAGGACUCUGCCGGUGCAAGCCUGGCUUCUUCGGGGCCCAGUGCAGCUCCCGUGAGUCAGCAGGGCUGGGGCCGGGGGACUGGGAGGGCUUUGAACUCUCGGCCGGUGGAGACACACAGUACAGUCCGGAUCAGGGAGCUAGAAAGGGUGGGGGAGGAAGUACCAGCAGCGAGUAAUAAUUCAGGGUGGCUAUUUGAGAUCUGAGUCACCAGGAAUUGGGGAACAGGAAUGAGGGCAUGGGGGGCAGAGAGAGAGAGAGAGA